AUGGUAGUAGCUAUUGCGAACGUCAUACAUGAGAAUAACGAAAAUAUUAGUACUUUUGACGAAAUAUUCAUUAGAGAGCAAAAUCGUCAAUUAUUAUGGAAGUCAAAACGAGCGCCAAGGAAAUUUACAGUUGCAUCGAAUUUCAAUGACUUUUACGAAAAUACUGUAGUUAAUUUUACUGAAGAGGAUUAUCUUGAAAAGUUUAGAAUGAAAAAGAGUACAGUACAGGCACUAAUAAGUUAUUUACAGGAUUUCAUGAAAUCAGAUUCCACAGUCGUACCUAUAGACAAAAAAGUGCAUAUCUUUUUAUGGCUUUUAACAAGUGAUGACUCUUUUAGUGAGGUAGCGACAUUGUAUGGUUUGCACAAAUCAUCUAUAAGCUAUAUCUUCUAUGAGAUGGCAUCAACGCUGUGUAAACUAAGAUACGAUUUCAUCAGUUGGCCUUCUCUAGAGGAGCAACAUAUGACUAGAAUAAAAAUAAACAGUAGACAUAAAUUUCCUAAUUGUGUCGGCUUAAUUGAUGCAUGUCGAUUUAAAGUGGGUGCUAAGAAAAACAAGAAAAAUUGUACAGAAAUUAUACUUCUGCAAGCCGUUUGUGAUGAAUCCCUUAUGUUUAUUGAUAUACAUAUUGGUAAAAUUGGAGAUACUAGGAAGAGCAAAGUUUUUCGAGACAGCCAACUUGCUCAAGAACUUAAAAAUUUUAUAGAUUUCGAAAAUCACAUACUUGGUGAUUCUAAUUAUAGGUUGCGCAAAAACCUAAUAACACCAUUUUCAAGUGAAGAGCUGUUAACUAUUGAGGAAAUGAAAUUUAAUGAUGUUCAUUGGAAGGCUCGGUCUUACAUUGGUCAUGCAUUCGAAUUACUGAAAGAACGAUUUAAGAGAUUAAACCACUUGAAUAUCAGUAAAAUAGAGUCUAUUGACACCGUCAUUUGUGCAGCUUGUGUUUUACAUAACUUUGUAAUACUGCAUGAAGGUUGUUCUGCAAUCAAAGAUGAGGCUGUAGUUUGUGAUGAUGGUGUAACUAUUGAUACAAAUAUUGUUAAGACCGCAAUUGAGAAGCGUCAAUUUUUAUGUAACUAUAUAAGUUUUAUUAACAAUAGUUGA